AUGGAUCGAUCGGUGGGCGAUCGCGACGGCGUCGGCACUCGACGCCGUGUCCCGAUCAUGUCCCGCGUCGUCUCCGCGCGCGCGUCCGACCUCGCGCACACCGCGGAGAACGCGCGCGUGGUCUCCCGAAGGCUCGAACACACGCGCGCGGCGACGCAGCGAGCGGUGGAGCUCACGGAGAAGGCUUUGGGAGAAUUCCAGGUGGAUGGCGGAGUCGACGGAGGAAACGACUUCACCGGCGACGACGGGCAGGACGGGGAGCUCGGUGAGCUGGUCAGACAGCUCGAGUCGUUCGCGGAGAAGCGCACGGGGGCGGGAAGGUCGAUCGGGAGCGAGAACGGUGGUCAGGGACGCGACAGAGGGGAAAAUCAGCACGCGAGGAGCGAUAAGUGGAACGCGCGGAGCGGCGGGAGCGAUCAUAACUCGAAUCACGGUGACGAUGAUGACGGUGCAAACUCGUUGGUUGGGUUGUCCAUGAUGUAUGGGAGCACGGUGGACGACGGGGCGAGCGUCGGGGACCUAGAUGACGUGCAGAGCGUUGAUUUUGGAAUGUCCUCCGUGGACUUCGACUUAGGGGCGGGCAAUCGUGGCGGACGACAGGAUGGACGCUCGGAAAGUCGUUUCAGUGAGAUCGGAAGCGUAACUGGGAGGAUUAAUGCCGUGAACGACAGCCUAGCGUCGAGCAAGGCGCGGUUGAACGCGAGCAUCGCGUCGCUGGAGAAAGAGGCGGGCAUUGCUAACGGAGCUUUUGACAGAGACUUUGAGCAGUACAAGGACGACAUGCCCAUCGUCGGCAACACGACCACGGGACAGCCCGUGAUUGACGUCGUCGCCCGCGGGGUGAACUCGCUCAGUCGCUCGAACUCGCAGGCUUUGAACGGUCGGAAUGGAUCCAACGGCGGUUCGUCCUCCGGGAGAAGCGUCUCCCUGUUUGACAGCAUCUUCGGAUGCUGCAUCAUGCGCGACAGGCAAAAAUAA